GUAGGAUUUAGAACGGGGCAAAUAACGCAAACAGAAACCUGACAUCUGCUGCGUACUCUGGUCGAAAGAAGUUACAUCACAGUUAGCUUUCGGGCUCGUUUCUUUUUGUACUCUCUCUCUCUGUCUGCGCUCCGGUGGUGAAGGCUCUGCACCAUCUCAUCUUCGGUCAAUCCCUGCUCCUUACAACAUUCCCGUUAGGAGAAUGGCCUUACAAACAGAAAAUCCUCCUACUACUCCCAGUGCCCAAGUGGUUGGAAAUGCUUUUGUUGAGCAGUACUACCAUAUUCUUCACCAGUCACCAGAAUUGGUAUAUAGAUUCUAUCAAGAUUCAAGUGUGCUAAGUCGGCCUGAUUCUAAUGCCGUGAUGACUUCAGUAACAACCAUGCAAGGUAUCAAUGAGAAGAUUCUUUCUUUGGAUUACAAAGACUAUAAGGCAGAGAUAAAGACUGCAGAUGCUCAGAAGUCUUACAAGGAUGGAGUAACUGUGCUGGUAACUGGAUGUUUAACGGGCAAAGAUAACUUGAGAAGGAGAUUCACACAAUCCUUUUAUCUUGCUCCACAAGACAAUGGAUACUUUGUUCUUAAUGAUGUUUUUAGGUACAUAGAUGAGGAUGAACCAUUGGAUGACCAUGCAGUUAGUGGAGAUAAUGUGACAACUGCCCCCUUAACUCCUGACCAUAAGCCAACUCAUAUUUCUGAUCCUCCUGCCACUGUUCUGGAAACUUCAACAGUGGAAGUUGAUCAAAAUGUUGCCGAGAAAUCUUAUGACCCAUCUGAGCAAGAGAGACGCUUAGCUAUUGGUAAAGAGACUGUCACGCCAUCUCAUUCUAAUUCAAAUGGUAAUGAUCUUUCCACAGCUGUAGAAUCAUCUUCUUGUUCAGGCCAAGAUGAUGCUCCAAGGAAGUCUUAUGCAUCAAUUGUUAAAGUAACUAAAGGGAGUUCAGGGCCAACUAAAAUUUAUGUACCUACCAAUGCUAUAAAGGUGGCUCCUACGAAAACCGAGAACCAGUCACUUGGGUCAGUGGCACCUUCUUCAGUUCCUGAACCAUCAGCACCAAGCAGUGUUGGUACUCCUGAAAGUAGCAAUACUCAAGAUGAAGUUGAGGGACACUCCAUCUACAUUCGUAAUUUGCCCUUCAGUGUGACGGUUGAGCAGCUUGAUUUGGAAUUCAAGAAAUUUGGACCGAUCAAGCAAGGUGGCAUCCAAGUUAGAAAUAAUAAGCAGCAGGGAUACUGUUUUGGCUUUGUUGAAUUCCAGUCUUUGAGCUCCAUGAAUAGUGCAAUUCAGGCUUCACCAAUCACCAUUGGGGGCCGUAAGGCUGUUAUUGAAAUAAAGAGAACUACCACUCGAGUUGAUAGUAGUGGAAGAGGUAUCUUCUCUCCUGGAAGGGGAGGUUACCGUAAUGACAGCUUCAAGAGCCGUGGGAAUUAUGGUGGUGGCCGGGUUUUUGGUAGAAAUGAGUAUGGAAGCCGGAGUGAUUUCUCUGGUCGAGGGAGGUUACGGGGCGAUUUAUCCAGUCGAGGGAGGGGCCCUACUGGGCGCGGUGAAGGUUAUCAGCAAGGCAGAGGGAGAGGAGGCCGUCCCAUUGGACCAAAUCAGAAUGUUUCCUCAUGAAACUCUAGGAGGUGAAUUUUGGGCAUCUAUUUUUGAAAACAUUGUUUCUAUGGUCAGUAUCAAAGAAGUGCAGGUGAUCUAAUCUGAUGAGAUAAUUUAACUUUUGGGACCUGAGUUUGAGUGAAUGUUGAGAUGUAAAGGCUCUCUGCAGUUCAGGGUGUUAUUUUUAUUUUUAUUAUAGUCCAUUAGCAAGUGAAUAGGGGAACAGUUCUGUCACUUUUUCUCCCAUUUAGUACAAAUGUAGUCUUGCAGAAUCUUCAAGUCA